AUGAUUUGUUUUAAAUAUAUUAUCCCCUACCCAAGUGAUCAACUAACAUAUUUUCCAAUAAUUUUCAGUUUGCCAGAACGUAGUGCCGGUUUAGGUGCCUCAGUCCACAAUCAAUUCAAAACUCCCCACCAUCCUAGCGGUUCAGAAACAAAUGCUUUAAAUCAACAACUAAUAUCUCCAAAUUGUACAAAAGUUGCAAACCAAUUCGCCUCAAAGUGGACAGCUGGUUUUAGACACAUUUAUGUUCACUCGGCUGCGCGUAUUUUGCAAGUUGAAUUUGUUGGGGCUCCUCCACAAUUUUGUUUUGAACAAUAUGAGGUCAGACUUUUGGACGAAACUGGUCAAGAACUACUCUACUUUGGUGUUGUACCAGUUGAAGAAAUGCAAAAGAGUGGAAGCCUAAUUUUUGGAACUUAUAAUUUUACUAAUUUAGAGUAUGAUAAAAAUUACAUUCCUUCUGUAAUUCCUGUAGAGAGGGCAGCAGAUGGUCGUUGUUUAUGUCCAGUUUCCGGAAAGCCUUAUGAUGCGACUGCUGUAUGUUCUUGUGUAGCAGCUGAUUGGCACUCUGUUAGAAUGACUCGUCCUGAUGUCCUCAAACUCUGUCCUGGCUGUCCUUCUCAAAACGACACCCUUGCUUUAUUAUCACCUCCAGUCAGCUACGAAAAUUCUUUGCGAGAUCAAGGGAGUAAUUCGACAUUAUGGAUUCUUUUGUUGGUUUUUAAUUGUUUAUUUUUGCUACUAAUUUUCCUUCUAAUUGCCGCCUACCUCCGUUGUCGCAUUUUUGGCUCCGCCCCCUACAAGAACCAGUUCAGGCGUAUCCGGUUUAUACCCACAACAAAUACACAACAACAAAAUCAUUGUUUACCCCAAAUAUCCAAAAGUUCUCCACCAACCUCUCUCGCUGUUUGUACCAACUUGGCACUCGGGACAGUCUCUACUAGCUGUAACUCGUCCUUAGCGGUGCCGUUAAUUUCUAGUGAAUCCGAAGAAAGUGAUGAACAAAAGAAGGGAGAAUGGACAAAUCUAACAUUAUUAAUUAUUUAUUCUCAUGAUUGUAAAUUGCAUGAACAAGCAGUGUUGGCAUUAGCAGAGUUUUUGAGAGAUCGUUUUGGUAUUAAUGUAAAGUUAGACCGUUGGGAAACAACUCAAAUUGAUUCUAACCUAACCGAUUGGCUGUCAUCUUCAGUAAUUUCUGCAGACAAAGUUUUAAUCAUCAAUUCUGAAGGCGCUUGGGAGCGUUACUUGGCUAAAAUAAAUUCUCAUAGUCAUUGGGUUUUGGAACGUAAUGAUAAAGGUCUACUUGACCAUCUCUUUUUAGCUCAUAUUGACCUGGCUCUUCAGCAUCAUUCAAUCGUUUCUACUCGUUUUGCUUUUUCAAAGGCAGAAAAAACUUUACCGUUGCUUCAGGGACGUCUGCAAUAUAUUCUUCCUGAUAAUAUUAGUCCUCUUAUUUCUGCACUUUUUGGACAGAAUUUGCGACAGGAUGAACGACUCAAUUCUUCUUCAUUAUCAGAAUAUUCACAAUUUGUUAAAUUGAAAGAAUGUGUUAAAGAAAUGAGUGAAUUUAUUAAACAAAAGCCUAAUUGGUUUGCUUUGAGUCACUCAAAGAUAACAACGAUUGUUGAUGAAAGAGAAGAAAAAGGUGAAGAAAAAGGAAGAAAAGUGGAAGAAAAGAAAGAAGAAAAAAUAAAAAUUGAAGAUAAAAUUAAAAUUGAAGAAAAUUCAGAAAUGUCAGAGGAAGAAGAGAUAUCCUCUGAAAAACGAAAAGAUACUAUUGGAGAAAGUAGUGGAAGCAGUACGGCUAAACUUGAUAGUGGAAUAUUUGAUUGGACUGGUAAUGAAGAGGAAAUGGCUAGCAAUAAUAAAGUUAUGAGUGGUGAAAUACAAAAGCAAACAAAUAAUUGGUAUAGUAUUUGUUAA